AAGGAGCAACCAGAACGCAUUGGAGUGAGGAAAAACCUCCAGAGAAAUGUCAUUUAAAGCGUCUUCCUUGCUGUCCGGAGAUGUGGAUAACCUGCGGAAAAGAUCUGUGGCUGAAUCAACAGACAACUGUUGCGAUCCUGAGCAUCACCAGCGGUUCCCACGGCUGCCUGAAAGGCUGUGUGUUGGCCCCAAUCAUGCAGACAUAGGUGCGCUGGCGACACCUUCCCCAGAUGGUUCUGCUCAACACUUCUGCCAGUUCACUCCAAAAUGUCUGCUUGCUGUCUCAAGAGGGGCACAUGGGAACUCUCCUCCAAGGCAUGGAGAGGAAGGAUGGCAUGAUGGUACCUCGAGGACCACAAUCAGAGUUGAUAAUGAGGUGGAAGCACACAGAGAGGCUAACAACUACAAGUUUGGAUUCAGAAAAUGGAAAGGCAAUGUGACUGAGAAACCAAUUGAAGACAGAUCUGACAUUGACAAAGAACUGCACACUGAUCUCAGCAUUGUAAAGCACAUAGAAGCUCCAGUUGUGACCUUUGGGAAUAUAGUUUAUGUGUUUUUAUUUGGCUGGUGGACCUCAUUAAUCUAUCUGCUCAUUUGUCCUGUGAUGUUUCUCACAAUCCUCGGGGCCCCUUAUGGUAAAGUCUGUUUAAAGUUGGCCUGGUAUAUAAUUUGGCCAUUUGGAAAGUCCAUACAGAGGGCUUGUCAUUUAGUCAAUAUAUCUGCGGUGAAGCCAACAAACUGUGAGAUUAUUCCACAAGAGCAAGAUGAUAAGGAUCUAGCUGGAGCCAAGGACUGUGCUCCACUCCUGGUGUCCUCCCCCCUCCCUGUUGAGAUUCCUGUUCCACCUCUUUCUCCACGGAAAACCUCAACACACUGGUGUCGCCUCAGCACUUUUCUCUGGUUGUUGCUGGGUUACCCGCUUCUGGCAGUGGUCCAUUCCCUCGCAUGCGUUCUGUCCUGGCUUCCAGUCUUUUCCAUCCCUAUUGCAAAAAUGAACAGCCGCAUCCUGACCACAGUUCUCCUCAUGGCCCCAGAGGACAUUGAGAUCCAUGCUCUUGAUAAGACAAAUGUGUGUGAGACCAGAGUUGUCUUAUACUGUUACCAGGCCUUUAAUGUGUAUUACUACAAAUACACUGUCCAGGGGAUCAACAUUUUUGCUCUCAACCUGUUACCUCUGGUAUUUAUGAGUUUAAUAAUUGGCUACACUGACCGAGAGCAUAAAUACUUCAGUGCAGAGACGAUGUUUACAAUAGCCAUCACUUCCAUCAUUCCCCUGUCCUACUAUAUUGGCAUGGGAAUAGCAAGCAUUUCUGCACAGAGUAACUUCGCAGUGGGAGCAGUGGUCAAUGCAACAUUUGGUUCCAUCACAGAGAUGACCUUCUACAUCACGGCGCUGCUUCGAGGGCACCGCGCCGCCACUAAAUGUUAUGAGGAGAUUGUCAAAUCGGCACUGGCUGGGACUCUCAUUGGCUGCAUUCUGUUCAUACCAGGUAUCUGUAUGACUAUUGGGGGCAUCAAACACAGUGAACAGAAAUUUAACAGUCGCUCAGCUGGAGUGAGUUCGGCUUUGCUCUUUAUAUCCAUUGGAGGUGUGUUUGCACCCACCCUUUUCUCAAAGACUUUUGGUAAUCUGGUGUGUGAAAGCUGCUCUAGUACCCCGGGCAAUGCUACUGUACCAUUCAUCUGCAAUGACUGCCACUAUGACACGAGCACAGCUGACCCACAUUUGAUUCUGUCCCAUAUUGAGCCUCUGGUAUACACCAUUUCUGUCCUGCUGCCUGCAUCGUAUCUGAUCGGGCUCAUUUUCACAUUAAAAACCCAUGCCCACAUUUAUGAUAUCCAUGUCAGUGAUGGUCAUGGGGGCCAACCGCACGGUCAUCAUGUUGUGCACUGGUCCAGAUGGAGGGCUCUCGCUGUGCUGAUUGUUGCCACAGUUCUCAUGGCUAGCUGUGCAGACCUUUGCACUGUCAACAUAGAGCCCAUACUGAGUCAUUCCUCCAUCUCCCAGUACUUCAUUGGCGUCACCGUCUUGGCAAUGGUACCAGAGCUUCCAGAGAUUGUCAAUGGCAUCCAGUUUGCACUCCAGAACAACAUCAGCUUAAGCCUCGAAGUAGGCAGUUGCAUUGCUGUGCAGGUUUGCAUGAUCCAGAUUCCGCUUCUUGUCCUGUUUAAUGCAUUCUAUGAUGUGGGAUUUGUGCUUGUAUUCAGUGAUAUUCAUCUUUGGGCCAGCAUCUUUAGUGUUGUUCUGGUAAACUACAUCUUCAUGGAUGGAAAAUGUGACUACUUUCAGGGUACAGCCCUAGUAGUGGUGUACUUCAUCGUUCUAGCGGUUUAUUUCUUCGCUCCUUCUCCACGCUCCUGUUAAUCUCUUUGGAAAGAAAAUGAUGCAUCUGUUCAAGUUUUAUAGCAUUAAAAAGUCACCAGAGUCAAGCUGGUUUAGUUUCAGAGGAACAAAAGAUGGACAAAUGAUCUGAGCUUUAGAAAUGUCCUUUCUGAGCUUCUAGUAUGAUGCUCUAUGAUUAAAUCUGCUGAAAAAAGUUAUAUUUCUUUUGUUUUUGCAUUUGUGUUUUUUUGAAU